AUGGCACAAAACUCCAAGACCGUGAAGACCAGCCCCAGUUGGAGACACAUCCGAGUCGGCCCUCAUCCUUUUCCCGGCGACCUAGACAAGAUCAACGCCCAAUGGAUGGACGCGAGGCGACCCAUGAUGGAUGCAUUCUUCCAGUAUGUUUACGCAGAUAAAACUGGCGCCGCAAACGUAGUAGCAUGUCUACGCGGGGGUGCUGAGUAUCGGGUGUGCAACUUACUCAUGAAGAAAGGCCUUAACUUCGUCUACCAAGAAGAGUUUGCCUAUUUGGUGGAUGAAAAACUUUGGGGUAAAUUUUGGGACGAUGCAAACGCAUCAGGACUUGUUGCCAAGGAUUUGGACAAUCCGAAAUGGCCAUGGUCUCAUGUAAAGUCCCUCACUAAGCAAGGUGAAAUAUCAAGGCAUUAUGACGCGUAUUUGACCAAAAAACGACAGCCACCGGUGUAUACGUCCUCAGCAACACAGACGAUAGAGGGUAAUCCCAAGCCGGUGUCCAAGGUCCGGUAUUGCAGAACCCAAGUCAAGGAUUCAUGUGAUGAACGUUGGAAAACUAUCAAGACUGAAGUAUGGGGUGAUGACGGUGACUGGACGAACGCGCAAAGCGUGCUGGGCUGGCCGGAUGGUCGCAAACCCAAGCGAGCAAAACGAGAGGAAGUUGAAGCGUUAUCCGAGCCCGUGAGCCAGAGGGGUGUCAUUUCCGCAAGAGAAGGUUAA